GAACAAACUCCUAACAGGAGGAGACUCACUCAUGGCCUAUGAGACAGAGGAUCAUGAUACUCAGUACUGCUUUCCUGCCAUCAACUCAUCAUGUAUCAAGGGAAAACGCUCCAGACAUGAAUACAAUAUCAUGUAUGUGUUUUUUUUUUCAUUGCUGUCAGCAUGGACUGUGUUUCUGAACCUGCUGGUGAUCAUCUCUAUCUCUCACUUCAAGAAGCUUCACACUCCAACCAACCUGAUUAUUCUCUCUCUGGCUAUGGCUGAUCUACUUAUUGGACUCAUUGUGAUGCCAAUAGAGGCCAAUAGGCUGAUUGAUAUGUGUUGGUACUUUGGAGACACUUUCUGUGGACUGUUUAUGAUAAUCAUGGGACUGCUCGGCUCAACAUCUAUUAGCAAUUUAGUUUUAAUAGCUGUUGAUCGUUAUGUGGCUGUGUGUCACCCUUUAUUGUACCCACAGAAAAUAACAAUGACUAAAACUUUAGUAAGCAUCUGUCUCUGUUGGUUUUUCUCCUCAGCCUACAACACUGCCUUUAUAAUCAGCAACAAAUAUUUUGACCCUUCAAGCAGAACAGAUGAGUGUUACGGAGAGUGUACCUUAACAGUUAGUUUUACCUUUAGGGUUAUUGAUGAGAUAUAUUCCUUCCUGUUGCCUUGUACUGUGAUAAUCACUGCAUAUUUGAGAAUAUUUUAUGUUGUUAAUCAACAGGUGAAAGUUAUAAACUCUAUGAUGAAGAGUGGUAAAUGUGUAAUGGAGAGUUCAGUGAGGAGGAAAUCUGAGAGCAAAGCUGCUCUGACAUUAGGAAUUAUUGUGACAGCUUAUCUGCUGUGCUUUAUUCCAUACUAUAUCUUGUCUUUAAUUGGGACUACAGUAAUCUCUUCUACCACAAUGACAUUUUUAUUAUGGACUUUGUAUAUUAACACAGGUCUGAAUCCUCUUAUCUAUGCUUUGUUUUACAGUUGGUUUAAAAUAUCAGUUAAACACAUCUUAACACUUAAAAUAUUGGAGCCAGCAUCCUCUCUCAUUGAUAUUUUUACAGGCUGA